CCCUCUGUCCACACGUGGAACGCGCUUACAAGGGUGGUGCGGUUAAAGAGAGCGGAAGAUGAAAACACCGUGGACUCUGGAGCGGAAACCGCCGAAUCGGACUCCAGCAGGAUGUCAACAUCUGCCAUUGAGCUCAUCACCAGGCGUGCCCGUCAGCAGCACCAGCAGCGUCUCCUAGUUAUGAACUUGCAUCUGUUGGCCAAUCCUGGAGACUCUCUGCUGCUGCAGCACAGUCUGGACCGUCUUCUCCGCUGGCUCUGCCCGAGCCUUCACAUCUUCCAUGUGUCUGAGAGGGCUUCACCCCAUCGAGGAUGUGCUCGUCUCUGUCCCGUAGCUGGCUACCCUUCUGUGGCCAUCACUUUCUUUCUCCAUGAGGCUUACGGAGAAGAGCGGAUCCUCAAAGUCCUGGACUUCUUCCAGCGGCCGCCCUGGCAGUACCACCAUACAGAUAGCUGCAGCAGCAGGACAGGUGGGAUCCACAUUUCUUCCAGCAGCUUGCCCAUGAAUGCCCUGCUGCGGCCUUACCUCCUGCCCAGCCGAGACUUCUACAGCCUGGGUGCGGGGAUGCCUGUUUGGGGGGUCCGACCUGUGCACUGCGGGGGGGAGAUCCUUCGUGUGACGCUGUACAGCGGCUAUGACAACUACGAGGAUGCUGUGCGCUUCUAUGAGACGGUGCUGCAGCAACAGGCAGAGGAGCAGAAGACAGGCUUCUGCUGGUUCACCCUUCAUACUGAGCCUGGUCUUUGCCUGCAGCUCGCAUUAAAACAGUUGUCAGCGGGCGUCCGAGUGGAGCCGUGUAACUCUGCUGUGCUGCAGUUUAGCGUGGAUGAAAUUGGUCAACUUGUUCCUCUGCUGCCCAACCCUUGUACUCCAAUCAGCAAUUCACGCUGGCAGACGGAAGACCUGGAUGGAAACAAGGUUCUCUUCCAGGUGAAAACCCCAGCUCAACCUCAGCGACCUCUGACCUGUGCUUUUCCACUGAGCUGCCCCAGUGUGUCCCCUCGAGCAGUGCAGCUGAAGAGCACAGGGCACACCCCAUGCAAGUCACCAAUCAACCUCACAGCUCCUCCGGCCUGGCACAAUCACAGACAUGGACUCCGAGCUCGCAGUGAGCCUGCUCUGGAGAAGCUUCACGGCGGCCGUGGUGGCGCAGAGAGCCAAGGCUCGGGUAGCUGCUGCAGCACUCCGCCCGGCAGCUCCUGUUACUCAUCCCAGCGCAGCAGCCCCACCCCGCCUCCCACCUCUAAUCAGUCCGACUCCCCUCUGCGGCCUUCCAUCACCCGUUCGCUUUCCCAUCUACUGCUGGAGGAGGACGAGGAGGAAACCAACGUGGACACAGGAAUUGCUGUGUCGCCUCGCUCGGACGUAACGGUCAAAGCUGUGAUGACACGCUCUUCUUCCAUGGAGCUUUUGAACUCAUGUCACCUGCAGAGCUCUGCAGGGUUUGGAGCCUCAGCCAAGGAAGGGAGUCCCUCCAGGGUGUGGGGUACCACUGGUUGCUCCAGGGACGCCAGGACUGAAGGAGUGACACACACAGCUGGACUGAGCUCCUGCAACGUAGAGACUGACCGCACCAAGCCGCUGUCAUCACACACAAACACUGAGGAACAAGUUGAUGAGUUCUUCAUCUGAGGAGACCAUUGGAGAUUUAACAUGGGACAAGAAAAGGAGCACAGCACAGUCCGACUGUUGGGUGAAAUGUGCCACGUUUAACUAUUCAAUGACCAGGAGGUGCCACACAAACAGGCUUGUGCAAAAUUCCAAAUUUCAAUUACUUUCCUUUGAAGAUUUAGAAUUUAGAAUUGGCUCCACCACACAGGAUGUUGGAUUUGUAUUAGAAUUACAGGAAGUGGAAUUAAAUUCAUAGCAAUUCAUUCCUUCUCGCUACGUACAGGAAGAAUGUGUCAUCUUAACAAAGGUUUUGGCUUCAAUACUAAACUCCAACACAAAUUCUCUCCAUUUUGAAUACUACUGGGAAAUAAAGCAUUUUUCCAGCAUUUUCCAUAAUUUGAAAGUUGUAAUACAUCAAUUAAUCGUAUGUCAUACAUGAGGCUCUAAUUCUAAAUUGCUGAUGAAAAACCUUUCCUGUAGUUAACAUCUAAUGUGUGCAUGAGGUUCGUUGUAAUAAUAGUAAAACUGUCGGGUAUGGAAUAUACUGUACCAAAAUUAUCAAUUGGAACGUCAAUUCUAAUUACAUAAUCUUGAAUUUGACUUGCAAUUCUUCUUCUUCUUCUUCUUCUUCUUCUUCCUGCAAUCUCAGUUGAAAUUCAUGUAAGUGAACUUGGGAAGUUUGCACAAGCCUGCCCAGAAACACAUUACAAAAGUAUCAGUAAAGAGAGCAGUAAACAGUGUCUUUUAUUACAGUAAUUGUUUUAUGUGUCCAAACCUUGUUUUGCUUGUAUAUUUAGAUCUAAUGAUUUGUGCAGUCGUGACUAUGUUGCUAUGCGGAUAGGAAACAUUGAGAUCUUCACACUGCAGACUAGACUUUGUUUAAAAGUAGCAACGGAGGACUUUUCCUCCGGUAUUUGCUGUUAAACCUGCUAAAUGUUCUUGUUUAUGUGACAACUGAUGCUGAGAAAUGGUACAGAUCACCAGAUUAAAGAAAUGAAUAAAAAGUGAUUGGAAUGCAAGGCAGUUCAGCCUCUAAAUUGCAAAUUUAUUGUCCUGCGCUGGUGUGCUGUGUGAUUGAUCAGUGAUCAGCUAGUCGGCUGCCUUGUGCUGAUGCAUAAAUCUCGGUGUCGUCAACACCAAACCAGAUUGAUGUUGUGAUCCAUUCUAGUGUUGACAAGAUCACUCAUCCAGGGUUCCUCCGGAUCUGACAUUUCAAAAUUCCAGACUUUUUCCAGACUCGGAAAGUAGAUGUGUAUCAUUAGCGCUGCAACAAUUAAUUCAUGAGUCAUUGAUUAUCCAACUAAUCGACAACUAUUUUGGUAACAUUUGUGCCUCUUUUCAGAUAUGCUGCGGACCAGACCACUAACUGUUUUUGGUUCAUGUUGAUUACUCCAUUAAUCGGCACAACAAGCUUUAGGUUAAUGGGCUAAGGAAAUAGGCGUUAGUUGCAGCCCUAGCAUCAUGUCAUGGUUUGUUGUCAUUAUUCUGAAUACGUAUGCCAUCAUGUCACCAUAUCAUUUCCAGGAGAUUAUAGCUAAGUAAUGUAGCUCAUACAAAGGUUUGGAGGAGGAUAAGAGCAGAGGGCCGGCCAUUCAACUUGUCAAUCUUCCCAAAUGUUUUCCGGGAUGGGCCGCCCACUGUGUACUCAAAUACAAACGUCUUAGCUGCCCUAGCAAACGCCAUCCAGUUCUUUUUUCUUUUCUUUCUUUUUAUUCAUAAUUUUAACAGUGGUGGCAGCCUUGGAAACAAUGAAUAUUUUUCCAUACUUAAAGUUUCCAUUUUGCAUGCUUUUCCAAACAUGGAAAUAUAUCAAAUCAAAUUCCAUACUUGCGUAAAAGCUCUGCUCGUCUGCAGACUUAUGAUAAUAUACGUGUUUAAACAAUUACAAUGUGCAAAUACAAGAAUGAAAGCUUUCGGCGUGCCACCUAACACUGCAACUCAUGUUUGAUGACCGAAGUGCACAUCUUUAUAAAGUAAAACUAACUGCUCUUCUCUUUAAACACUGGAUGUGCUCAGCGUAACCCAAGUGGAUUCAUGCAGUCUUAAAUUCAAAGGUAUACAGUAGCACCAAGUUAGCGCUCCCUCUGCUGGUCAAAGGAUGUUAUUGCUCUGCGGACCUUCACCGCAACCUAUCCAGCUCAGCUCUUUGGCCCACUGGCCCACUCUGGUGACUCGCACCUUCAACGGGUCAAACCUCCAGUACUGCUGCUCCCUGAACAGGUAGAGGCGCCCGUCCGGACGGCUCAGGACACCAUUGGUCCCUUGCGGCACGCCAGUCCAGUCUUUAAGCCUGCGGGGGUAGUAGGGCUCUUGGAGCAGGGUUUGCAGGUUCAGGACAAAGUAGCGAGAGCCCUUGAACAAUACCAUGUGACCCAGAGGAGCGUAGUAGAAGGCACAGUCCGGGUGGCGAGGUAGGCCCAGCUCAACGCUCUGUUUGGGGAAACCCGGGUCAAGCACUCGGCCGGAGUAGCGCCACAUACGCUUCCCUGAGCAGAGGUGCAGUAUGCACGUCACAUGACCAAGCAUGCUUAAUUGCACAACAUUAGGUACACCUGCACGACUCACUUGUGUUCUAUAUUGCCACUAAAAAAUAAGCAAUUUAGUCGUACCUUUAAAGAAGAACCACUUGGCGUCCAAAGGGGAGAAGGCUGCUGCCUCGAUGGCCACCGGGAGGUCAGACCAGCUCUGGCGGAGGGGCAGCGGUCCACUCACGACACCAUCAGCUGAUACGGUCCAGUACACGCUGCCUCGGAACACCGCUAUUGUACCGUUCUGGUCUGAAUCCAACACAAUAACAGCCUGUUACAACACCUGGCAACAAAUGCAAACCGGCAAUAAUAGAAUGAACCUGAAACCAAGAAAAAACAACUGAAUGUCCAUAAACCCUAGCAGACAAAAUAUUAUGUAUGAUUAUUGUUUGAUGCCCAUACCAGACACAUCAUUAGGUACACCAGCACAAUCUAAUGAGAUCUUAUAAGAGCUGUCUUUAAACUGUGAUUUGAUGCUCACCACUGCCUGUGAACUCAUUAAGAACAGUAUUCAUAAAUUAAAUACAACACAUUGUGUGCCA